AACCAAUGUGGUGAUGAACUACUCGGAGGUGGAGUCUAAGGUGAGGGAGGCCACCAACGAUGACCCCUGGGGACCUUCAGGACAGCAGAUGGCAGAGAUUUCCAGGUAGGGGCGCUGUUCACACACAAGCACACCGCCUUGUAUAUCUGCGACGUCCUACUUCACAGGAAAAAUUUGUUAUUUAAAUUGAAUCCCGUUGCCAUGUAGCUGAACCCCUCUACACCUCUUCCUCCUCUCUCCCUCUGUCUCUCUCUCUCUGUGUCUCUCUCUCUCUGUGUCUCUCUCCCCCCCCCCCCUCCUCAGAUGUACGUUUAUGUAUGAGCAGUUUCCAGAGGUGAUGAACAUGCUGUGGAUCAGGAUGCUCAGGGACAACAAGAAGAACUGGAGAAGGGUCUACAAGGUCAGAGAGGACCUAUAACCUGUCAUAAGCAUGAAAGUCGCACACUAUAUACACUGAGUGUACAAAACAUUAGGAACACCUUCCUAAUAUUAAGUUGCACCCCCCCUUUGCCCUCAGAACAGGCUCAAUUCAUUGGGGCAUGGACUCUACAAGGUGUCAAAAGCGUUCCACAGGGAUGCUGGCCCAUGUUGACUCCAAUGCUUCCCACAGUUGUGUCAAGUUGGCUGGAUGUCCUUUGGGUGGUGGGCCAUUCUUGAUACAGUACACACGGGAAACUGUUGAGCGUGAAAAACCCUGCAGAGUUUCCGUUCUUGACACAAACCAGUGCGCCUGGCACCUACUACCAUACCCUGUUCAAAGGCACUUCAAUCUUUUGUCUUGCCCAUUCACCCUCCAAUCCAUGUCUCAGAUGUCUUAAAGCUUAAAACUCCUUCUUUAACCUGUCUCCUUCCCUUCAUCUACACUGAUUUGAAGUGGAUUUAACAAGUGACAUCAAUAAGGGAUCAUAUCAUUCACCUGGUCAGCCUAUGUCAUGGAAAGAGCAGGUGUUCCUAAUGUUUUGUACACUCCUGUAUGCUUCCAACAAUUGAAUGGGUAAACCUUGGUUAGUUUGGGAGCAUAUAGAGUGACUUUCUUUUUUUUUUAUAACCAAGAAAUAAGCUAUAGCUAUUCAACUCCAGACCUCGAGGGCCGAGAUCUGCUCUCUAAACAUGACAUAGAGGUCCGCUGUCCGCUGUCGCUCAUAAGAAGUUAUAACAACAGUUUUCCAUCUCUUCUCCCCCAGUCUCUGCUGUUGUUGUCCCACCUCAUCAGGAACGGUUCAGAGAGAGUUGUCACCAGCGGCAGAGAACACAUCUAUGACCUACGAUCUCUAGAGAGCUACCACUUCGUAGGCAAGUACUCUCUCUCUAUCUCUGUCUCUCUGUCUGCGGUCUCUCUCUCUGUCUGCGGUCACUCUCUCUGUCUGCGGUCACUCUCUGUCUGCGGUCACUCUCUGUCUGCGGUCACACUGUCUGCGGUCACACUCUCUGUCUGCGGUCACUCUCUCUGUCUGCGGUCACUCUCUCUGUCUGCGGUCACUCUCUCUGUCUGCGGUCACUCUCUCUGUCUGCGGUCACUCUCUCUGUCUGCGGUCUCUCUCUGCUGUCGCUGUCUCUCUCUGUCCGCCGUCGCUCUCUCUCUCUGUCCGCCGUCGCUCUCUCUCUGUCCGCCGUCGCUCUCUCUCUGUCCGCCGUCGCUCUCUCUCUGUCCGCCGUCGCUCUCUCUCUGUCCGCCGUCGCUCUCUCUCUGUCCGCCGUCGCUCUCUCUCUGUCCGCCGUCGCUCUCUCUCUGUCCGCCGUCGCUCUCUCUGUCCGCCGUCUGUCUCUCUGUCCGCCGUCUCUCUCUCUCUCUGUCCGCCGUCGCUCUCUCUCUCUGUCCGCCGUCGCUCUCUCUCUGUCCGCCGUCGCUCUCUCUCUGUCCGCCGUCGCUCUCUCUCUCUGUCCGCCGUCGCUCUCUCUCUCUGUCCGCUGUCGCUCUCUCUGUCCGCUUUCGCUCUCUCUGUCCGCUGUCGCUCUCUCUGUCCGCUGUCGCUCUCUCUUUCCGCUGUCGCUCUCUCUCUGUCCUCUGUCUCUCUCUCUCUCCGCUGUUGCUCUCUCUCCGCUGUUGCUCUCUCUCUGCUGUCGCUCUCUCUCUGUCCGCUGUCUCUCUCUCUGUCCGCCGUCUGUCUCUCUCUGUCCGCCGUCUGUCUCUCUCUGUCCGCCGUCUGUCUCUCUCUGUCCGCCGUCUGUCUCUCUCUGUCCGCCGUCUGUCUCUCUCUCUGUCCGCCGUCUGUCUCUCUCUCUGUCCGCCGUCUCUCUCUCUCUCUGUCCGCAGUCUCUCUCUCUCUGUCCGCCGUCGCUCUCUCUCUGUCCGCCGUCGCUCUCUCUCUGUCCGCCGUCGCUCUCUCUCUGUCCGCCGUCGCUCUCCUCUCUGUCCGCCGUCGCUCUCCUCUCUGUCCGCCGGUCGCUCUCUCUCUGUCCGCCGUCGCUCUCUCUGGUCCGCCGUCGCUCUCUUCUGUCCGCCCUUCGCUCUCUCUGUCCGCCGUCGCUCUCCUCUGUCCGCCGUCGCUCUCUCUGUCCGCCGUCGCUCUCUCUGUCCGCCGUCGCUCUCUCUGUCCGCCGUCGCUCUCUCUGUCCGCCGUCGCUCUCUCUCUCCGCUGUUGCUCUCUGUCCGCUGUCUCUCUCUGUCCGCUGUCUCUCUCUCUCUCUCUGUCCGCCGUCGCGCUCUCUCUGUCCGCCGUCGCUCUCUCUGUCCGCCGUCGCUCUCUCUCUGUCCGCCGUCGCUCUCUCUGUCCGCCGUCGCUCUCUCUCUGUCCGCCGUCUGUCUCUCUCUGUCCGCCGUCUGUCUCUCUCUGUCCGCCGUCUGUCUCUCUCUCUGUCCGCCGUCUGUCCUCUCUCUGUCCGCCGCUCUCGCUCUCUCUCGGUCCGCCGUCUCUCUCUCUCUGUCGUCCGCCGUCUCUCUCCUCUCUCUCUCUGUCCCGCCGUCUCUCUCUCUCUGUCCGCCGUCGCUCUCUCUUUUUGUCCGCCGUCGCUCUCUCUCUGUCCGCCGUCGCUCUCUCUCUGUCUGCCGUCGCUCAUCUCUCUGUCCGCCGUCGCUCUCCUCUGUCCGCCGUCGCUCUCCUCUCUGUCCGCCGUCGCUCUCCUCUCUGUCCUGCCGUCGCUCUCUCUCUGUCCGCCGUCGCUCUCCUCUCUGUCCGCCGUCGCUCUCUUGUCCCCCGUCCCUCUCUCUGUCCCCGGGGCCCCUCUUCGUCCCCGGUUCUUCGUCCCCGUCGCUUUCUCUUCCCCCCCCCUUCCCCUGCCCCUUCCCCUCCUUCUGGGCCCCCUCUCUCCCCCCGCCCCCUUUUUUCCCCCUUCUUCCCGCCCCCUCCUUUUGUCCCCCUCCCCUUUUCCCCCUUCCCUCUCUCUUUUCCCCCCCCUCUCUCUCUCUGUCCGCCGCGCUCUCUCCUGUCCCCCCCCUCUUGUCCCCCUCGCUCUCUCUCUGUCCGCCGUCGCUCUUUCUCCCCCCCCGUCGCCUUUUUCUCUUCCCCCGCCUCUCUUCUUUUUCCCCCCCCUCUCUUCUUCCGCCGUCCCUUUUUCUCUGUCCCCCCUUCCCUCGUCCCCCCCCCUUUUUUUUGCCGCCGUGCUCUUUCUCUUGUCCGCCGUCGCUUUUUCCCCUUUCCCCCCCUUUUCCUUUUCCCUUCCCCUUUUCCCCUCCCCUUUUCCCCCUUUUCCCCUCUCCCCCUCCCCCCUUUUUGGGUUCUUUUUCCGCCCUUGUCUUCUUUCCGCCCCUUCUCCGUCCGUUUUCCCCUUUCCCGUUGUCUCUCUUUCCCCCGCCCCCCUCCGGUUUUCUUCUUUGUCCCCCUCUUUCUCCUCUUUUUCCGCCGCCCUUCUUUCCGCGCCUCUCUCUCUGUCCCGCUCCUCCCUUUUUCCCCCCCCUUUUCCCCCCCCCCUUUUCCCCCCCCUCUCUCCCCUCUGUCCGCCGUGCUCUCUCUCUGUCCGCCGUCGCUCUCUCUCUGUCCGCCGUCGCUCUCUCUCUGUCCGCCGUCGCUCUCUCUCUGUCCGCCGUCGCUCUCUCUCUGUCCGCCGUUCUCUCUCUCUCUCGUCUGCUCUCUCCUCUCCCGUCCGCCGUCUCUCUCUUCCUUCUGUCCGCCGUCGCUCUCUCUCUGUCCGCCGUCGCUCUCUCUCUGUCCGCCGUCGCUCUCUCUCUGUCCGCCGUCGCUCUCUCUCUGUCCGCCGUCGCUCUCUCUCUGUCCGCCGUCGCUCUGUCUCUGUCCCGUCGCUCUUCUCUGUCCGCUGUCGCUCUCUCUCUGUCCGCGUCGCUCUCUCUCUUCGCUGUCGCCGUCUCUCUCUCGCUGUCGCCGUCUCUCUCUCUCUCUCUCUCUCUCUGUCCGCCGUCGCUUCUCUCUUCUCUCUCUCUGUCCGCCGUCUCUCUCUCUCUCUCUCUCUGUCCGCCGUCGCUCCGUCCGUCGCUCUCUCCUUCUCUCUCUUGUCCGCCGUCUCUCCUCUCUCCUCUGUCGCCUCUUUCUCUCUGUCCGCCGUCUGUCUCUCUGUCGCCGUCCUCUCUCUCGCUGUCCGCCGUCUCUCUCCUCUCUCUCUCUCUGUCCGCUGUCUGUCUCUCUCUUCUGUCCGCCGUCUGUCUCUCUUGUCGCGUCGUCUCUCUGUCCCCCUGUGUCUCUUCUGUCCGCGUCUGUCUCUCUCGUCCGCGUCUGUCUCCUCUGUCCGCCGUCUGCUCUCUCUCUGUGCCGUCGUCUCUCUCUCGCCGUCUGUCUCCUCGUCCGCUCUGUCUCUCUCUGUCCCGUCUGUCUCUCUCUCUCCCCGUCUUCCUCUCUGUCGCUCUCCUCCUUCUCUCUUCGCGUCGCUCUCCUGUCCGACGUCGUCUCUCUCUGUCCGCCGUCGUCUCUCUCUGUCCGCCGUCCUCUCUCUCUCUGUCGUCCCUGUCCCUGCUCUCUCUCUGUCCGCCGUCGCUCUCUCUCUGUCCGCCGUCUCUCUCUCUCUCGCUGUCCGCCGUCUCUCUCUCGCUGUCCGCCGCUCCUCCGCUGUCCGCGUCUCUCUCUCUCUCGCUCGUCCACGUCGCUGUCCGCCGUCCGCUCUCCUCUCUCCUUGUCCGCGUCUCUCUCUCUCUGCUCUCUGUCCGCCGUCUGUCUCUCUCUGUCCCCUUCUGUCUCUUGUUCCGCCGUCCUCUCUCUCUCUUUCCGCCGUCUCUCGCUCUCUCUCUCUCUCUCUCUUCGCCGUCUGUCUCUCUCUGUCCGCCUCUGUCGCUCUCUGUCCGCCGCUGUCUCUCUCUCUCCGCUGUCCCGCCGUCUCGUUCUCUGCCGCCGUCUGCUCUCUCUUUCCGCCGUCUGUCUCUCUCUGUCCGCCGUCGCUCUCUCUCUUUCCGCUGUCUCUCUCUCUGUCCGCCGUCUCUCUCUCUCUCUGUCCGCCGUCGCUCUCUCUCUGUCCGCCGUCGCUCUCUCUCUGUCCGCCGUCGCUCUCGCUCUGUCCGCCGUCGCUCUCUCUCUGUCCGCCGUCGCUCUCUCUCUGUCCGCCGUCUUUCUCUCUCUGUCCGCCGUCUGUCUCUCUCUGUCCGCCUUCUGUCUCUCUCUGUCCGCCGUCUGUUCUCCCACCUGACAUUCUGAAUACACUGAUCAGCUUCCUACAUUUUGAUCUGCAAUCCUGUUGCAGUUUCUAGAGUUCAGUUUUUCUGAAAAGGCACAUCUGUUUAUAGGGGACUGGAACACCUGCAGAUAACCUGUAGCUUUGGCACAACAGCUGUCUUGAGUCAUCACAACAACACCAGCUUGUCAAUAACCUUAAUCUCCUCUCUCUUUUACUUGUUCCUCUACCUCUGUGUAGAUGAUAACGGUAAGGACCAGGGAGUGAACGUGCGUCAGAAGGUGAAGGAGAUGGUGGGUCUGAUCCAGGAUGAUGAUAGACUGAGAGAGGAGAGGAAGAAGGCGAAGAAGAACAAAGACAAAUACAUUGGCGUGUCCUCUGACAGUAUGGGGGGAGGGUUCAGUAGAUACAGUAAGUCCUCUGACAGUAAUGGGGGGAGGGUUCAGUAGAUACAGUAAGUCCUCUGACAGUAUGGGGGGAGGGUUCAGUAGAUACAGUAAGUCCUCUGACAGUAUGGGGGGAGGGUUCAGUAGAUACAGUCCUCUGACAGUAUGGGGGGGAGGGUUCAGUAGAUACAGUAAGUCCUCUGACAGUAUGGGGGGGAGGGUUCAGUAGAUACAGUCCUCUGACAGUAUGGGGGGAGGGUUCAGUAGAUACAGUCCUCUGACAGUAUGGGGGGAGGGUUCAGUAGAUACAGUCCUCUGACAGUAUGGGGGGGGGAGGGUUUCAGUAGAUACAGUAAGUCCUCUGACAGUAAUGGGGGGAGGGUUCAGUAGAUACAGUAAGUCCUCUGACAGUAAUGGGGGGAGGGUUCAGUAGAUACAGUAAGUCCUCUGACAGUAUGGGGGGGAGGGUUCAGUAGAUACAGUAAGUCCUCUGACAGUGUGGGGGGAGGGUUCAGUAAAUACAGUAAGUCCUCUGACAGUAUGGGGGGGAGUAGGGUUCAGUAGAUACAGUAAGUCCUCUGACAGUAUGGGGGGAGGGGUUCAGUAGAUACAGUAAGUCCUCUGACAGUGUGGGGGGGAGGGUUCAGUAAAUACCAGUAAGUCCUCUGACAGUAUGGGGGGAGGGUUUCAGUAAAUACAGUAAGUCCCUGACAGUAUGGGGGGACGGUUCAGGAGAUACAGUAAGUCCUCUGACAGUGUGGGGGGAGGGUUCAGUAAAUACAGUAAGUCCUCUGACAGUGUGGGGGAGGGUUCAGUAAUACAGGUUAAAAAGGGUUGCCUCUGACAGUAUGGGGGAGGGUUCAGUAGAUACAGUAAGUCCUCUGACAGUAUGGGGGGAGGGUUCAGUAUAGAUACAGUAAGUCCUCUGACAGUGUGGGGGGAGGGUCAGUAAUACAGUAAGUCCUCUGACAGUAUGGGGGAGGUUCAGUAAAUACAGUAAGUCCUCUGACAGUAUGGGGGGAGGGUUCAGUAGAUACAGUAAGUCCUCUGACAGUAAUGGGGGGAGGGUUCAGUAGAUACAGUAAGUCCUCUGACAGUAUGGGGGGAGGGUUCAGUAGAUACAGUAAGUCCUCUGACAGUAAUGGGGGGAGGGUUCAGUAGAUACAGUAAGUCCUCUGACAGUAAUGGGGGGAGGGUUCAGUAGAUACAGUAAGUCCUCUGACAGUAUGGGGGGAGGGUUUUCUAGUCAGUAGAUCAUAAAAGUAAGUCCUCUGACAGUAUGGGGGGAGGGUUCAGUAGAUACAGUAAGUCCUCUGACAGUAAUGGGGGGGAGGGUUCAGUAGAUACAGUAAGUCAUCUGACAGUAAUGGGGGGACGGUUCAGUAAAUACAGUAAGUCCUCUGACAGUAUGGGGGGAGGGUUCAGUAGAUACAGUAAGUCCUCUGACAGUAAUGGGGGAGGGUUCAGUAGAUACAGUAAGUCCUCUGACAGUAAUGGGGGAGGGUUCAGUAAGAUACAGUAAGUCCUCUGACAGUAUGGGGGGGAGGGUUCAGUAGAUACAGUAAGUCCUCUGACAGUGUGGGUGGAGGGUUCAGUAAAUACAGUAAGUCCUCUGACAGUAUGGGGGGAGGGUUCAGUAGAUACAGUAAGUCCUCUGACAGUAUUGGGGGAGGGUUCAGUAGAUACAGUAAGUCCUCUGACAGUAAUGGGGGAGGGUUCAGUAGAUACAGUAAGUCCUCUGACAGUAUGGGGGGAGGGUUUCAGUAGAUACAGUAAGUCCUCUGACAGUAAUGGGGGGAGGGUUCAGGAGAUACAGUAAGUCAAUCUGGAACACACCAAUACUCACACACACAUAUACAUUGGAGUGUCCUCUGAUCUUAUAAAGGGCCUUACACUACUCACAAUUUUCUACAAUUCAGAUCAAGCCAGGGCGCAAAAGGAGAAAUCCACACUGGCCGCGCAACCCCCAGCCGCGAACACCGCUCGUCUCCCCCCGCCAACCAAAGCGGAAGAAAGGAAGAAAAAAAGAACCCCCGCACCCGCCCCACCCAAACCCUCGUCUCCCCACGAGAGAGAAGAUCCCCUCCCCCACAGAGGCCGCUUCCUCAAGCCACCCUAUCAUCAUCUAUCCCGACCCCUUUUCCCUCCCCUCUCCCUCUCUCUCCCUCCCCUCUCUCCCCCUCUCUCUCCAGCGGGUGACCGGUAUGACUCUGGCGGUAACGAGGGAAGCAGCAGUGGGAAGUGGGAUGAGGACUGGAAGAGAGACCAAGGCCAGUUCCCCUUCAGUGAGAAGCUGGGGGAGAUCAGUGAUAAGAUCGGCAGCACCAUCGAUGACACCAUCAACAAGUUCAAGAAGCAUAGCAGAGAUGACUCACCAGACAGAUUCAGGUAAGGAUAUAGAUGAUUUACCAGAAAGAUGAUUCAGGUUAGGAUAAAGAUGACUCACCAGACAGAUGAUUCAGGUUAGGAUAGAGGUGACUCACCAGACAGAUUCUGGUGACCGAUUCAAAUUAUUUUAAAACUAGAUCAGGGUUGGGACUGAUGCAUAUUAAUGUGAGGAAUCUGAUGCCGAAAAUGGACAUGAUAAAAGUCUGGGUUCACACUGCUGACCCAGAUGUCUUAGUUCUGUCCGAGACCUGGCUUAAGAAAUCAGUUGUAAAUCAGUCUUAGAUGGUUAUAAUGUUUAUCAAUGCGACCGACAAAGUAAGGGGGAGAUAUAGCCAUCUACAAUGGAAGUCAGAAGUUUACAUACACCUCAGCCAAAUACAUUUAAACUCAGUUUUUCACAAUUCCUGACAUUUAAUCCUAGUAAAAAUUCCCUGUCUUAGGUCAGUUAGGAUCACCACUUUAUUUUAAGAAUGUGAAAUGUCAGAAUAAUAGUAGAGAGAAUGAUUUCUUUCAGCUUUUAUUUCUUUCAUCACAUUCCCAAGGGGUCAGAAGUUUACAUACACUCAAUUAGUAUUUGGUAGCAUAGCCUUUAAAUUGUUUAACUUGGUUCAAACGUUUCGGGUAGCCUUCCACAAGCUUCCCACAAUAAAUUGGGUGAAUUUUGGCCCAUUCCUCCUGACAGAGCUGGUGUAACUGAGUCAGGUUUGUAGGCCUCCUUGCUCGCACACGUUUUUUCAGUUCUGCCCACACAUUUUCUAUAGGAUUGAGGUCAGGGCUUUGUGAUGGCCACUCCAAUACCUUGACUUUGUUGUCCUUAAGCCAUUUUGCCACAACUUUGGAAGUAUGCUUGGGGUCAUUGUCCAUUUGGAAGACCCAUUUGCGACCAAGCUUUAACUUCCUGACUGAUGUCUUGAGAUGUUGCUUCAAUAUAUCCACAUAAUUUUCCUUCCUCAUGAUGCCAUCUAUUUUGUGAAGCGCACCAGUCACUCCUGCAGCAAAGCACCCCCACAGCAUGAUGCUGCCACCCCUGUGCUUCAUGGUUGGGAUGGUGUUCUUCGGCUUGCAAGCCUUCCCCUUUUUCCUCCAAACAUAACUAUGGUCAUUAUGGCCAAACAGUUCUAUUUUUGUUUCAUCAGACCAGAGGACAUUUCUCCAAAAAGUACGAUCUUUCUCCCCAUGUGCAGUUGCAAACCAUAGUCAGGCUUUUUUAUGGCAGUUUUUGAGCAGUGGCUUCUUCCUUGCUGAGGGGCCUUUCAGGUUAUGUCGAUAUAGGACUUGUUUUACUGUGGAUAUAGAUACUUUUGUACCUGUUUCCUCCAGCAUCUUCACAAGGUCCUUUGCUGUUGUUCUGGGAUUGAUUUGCACUUUUCGCACCAAAGUACGUUCAUCUCUAGGAGACAGAACGCGUCCCCUUCCUGAGCGGUAUGACGGCUGCGUGGUCCCAUGGUGUUUAUACUUGCGUACUAUUGUUUGUACAGAUGAACAUGGUACCUUCAGGCAUUUGGAAAUUUCUCCCAAAGAUGAACUAAACUUGUUGAGGUCUACAAUUAUUUUUCGGAGGUCUUGGCUGAUUUCUUUUGAUUUUCCCAUGAUGUCAAGCAAAGAGGCACUGAGUUUGAAGGUAGGCCUUGAAAUACAUCCACAGGUACACCUCCAAUUGACUCAAAUGAUGUCAAUUAGCCUAUCAGAAGCUUCUAAAGCCAUGACAUCAUUUUCUGGAAUUUUCCAAGCUGUUUAAAGGCACAGUCAACUUAGUGUAUGUAAACGUCUGACACACUGGAAUUGUGAUACAGUGAAUUAUAAGUGAAAUAAUCUGUCCGUAAACAAUUGUUGGAAAAAUUACUUGUGUCAUGCACAAAAUAGAUGUCCUAACCGACUUGCCAAAACUAUAGUUUGUUAACAAGAAAUUUGUGGAGUGGUUGAAAAACGAGUUUUAAUGACUCCAACCUAAGCGUAUGUAAAUUUCAGACUUCAACUGUAAAUUAUAUAAGGAAGACUGUUGACUCUGCAAAUCUGUAUGCUGAUGACACAAUUAUUUAUUCUAGCGCAUCUAAUAUUAAGUAGGCUUUUCAGGACUUAGUUGGCUUUUGAUGUUAUUCAAAGGCAGCUUUUUGAAUGGAAACUUGUGCUUAAUGCAAGGAAAACAAAUUGUAUGGUUUUCUCUUCCCUGAAACUAAACAGAUGGAGUCACCUGCAGAUUUUAACUGUAAAAUCCCAGCAAAUUGAUAGGGUCACCUUCUAUAAGUAUCUUGGGAUUUGGUUAGAUGAAAAGCUGAAUUUUAAACAGCACCUUGAUAGCUUAACCAAGAAACUGAAAUUGAAAUAUGGUUUCUAUUUUAGGAACAAAUCUUGCUUUUCAAUGUUAGUCAGAAAGGAUCUUGUUUAAAGCACUUUGUUAUUGGUGCUGGAUUAUGGUGAUAUUGUCUAUAUGCAGGCCUCAGCAAGUACCUUUAAAAACUCUGGACACAGUGUAUCAUGGUGCUUUAAGAUUUAUUACAAAUGCUAGAUCACUCACCCAUCACUGUGAUUUGUAUGCUAUCAUACAUGGACCUCUCUCUCCACCAGGAGGCUAAAGCACUGGUACACUUUUGUGUACAAAGCAUUGAUAGGACAACUCCCUUUGUAUCUCUGUUCCUUACUGACCAGAUCAGUCACUCAAUACAGUCUUCGUUCACAGUCACUGCUGUCCUUGUCUGUCCCUAAGGCUAGAACUGAGAUGGGGAAACAGUAUUUUUCCCAUAAUGGCCCUUCAUCCUGGAACAUGCUGCAGAAGAUAUGAAAGUUAGGGGAGUUAGUGUCCUUGCCUGUUGUUAAGACUCUGACGACACUGUUUGUGACAGCUGUAGUUGUUUCUAAUCUUCAGUUCUAUCUGGAACUUGUGACACUUUGUCUUUUGUGUGUAUUUUGUCUUCUUGUCAGGUCGCCCUCGCAAAAUAGGUUUUUACCAGGUUAAAUAAAGGUUAAAUAAAUAAAAAUAUUACAGGAUAUCAACAACCUGAUGUUCUGUCAUACUUUAGUCACACACUUUGAAUAGAAUUAUCUCCAAAACAAAAUGUCCUCUUUUCCACCCGGUUUGCGUCCUCUCUGGUCUCCUUAGUGACAACGAGGAGGAGCGAGGUUACCCGUCGCGGAACGGUCAGUCUGGGAGGUCAGUGUUCAAAGACGAGGAGGAAACCGUGACGACCAAGAGCGUCCAGAUCGUCCAGGCAACAGAAACCACAGAAACCAGGAAGAGAGGUGGGGUUCCGUCCAAAACUGUGUCCCUGGGAGCCGCGGCCCACUACACAGGAGACAAGAGCCCCGAUACCUCCGCCAAACAGGUGUGUGUCCGUGCACAUUGUCCAUGCUGGUCCACUCUAGCCUAUUGCUGCCAUCUGGUGUUAACAGCGGACAGUGCAGUCUCUACUCACAUCUCUCCUCUCCUUCUCUCUGUUCCAGACUCCGUCAGCAGCAGCACCCAAGCCCUCCAACAGUGGUCUGGCUGACCUAUUGAUGGUAGAUACAGGACCCAGCCAGCCUGCAGCAGCCACCGGUAACUACACACACUGAGAGGACAUGAUGGGGGUUAUGGGGAGGUAGUGUAGUUACAGGACAUCAUGGAGGGUUAGGGGGAGGUAGUGUAGUUACAGGAAAUCAUGGAGGGUUAGGGGGAGGUAGUGUAGUUACAGGAAAUCAUGGAGGGUUAGGGGGAGGUAGUGUAGUUACAGGACAUCAUGGGGGGUUAGGGGGAGGUAGUGUAGUUACAGGAAAUCAUGGAGGGUUAGGGGGGAGGUAGUGUAGUUACAGGACAUCAUGGAGGGUUAGGGGGAGGUAGUGUAGUUACAGGACAUCAUGGAGGGUUAGGGGGAGGUAGUGUAGUUACAGGAAAUCAUGGAGGGUUAGGGGGAGGUAGUGUAGUUACAGGACAUCAUGGGGGGUUAGGGGGAGGUAGUGUAGUUACAGGACAUCAUGGAGGGUUAGGGGGAGGUAGUGUAGUUACAGGAAAUCAUGGAGGGUUAGGGGGAGGUAGUGUAGUUACAGGACAUCAUGGGGGGUUAGGGGGAGGUAGUGUAGUUACAGGACAUCAUGGGGGGUUAGGGGGAGGUAGUGUAGUUACAGGACAUCAUGGAGGGUUAGGGGGAGGUAGUGUAGUUACAGGACAUCAUGGAGGGUUAGGGGGAGGUAGUGUAGUUACAGGACAUCAUGGAGGGUUAGGGGGAGGUAGUGUAGUUACAGGACAUCAUGGAGGGUCUCUGGCUCUGGGCAGGUCUAAGGGCCUGGGUUGGUCUCUGGAAACUUCUCACAAUUCACUCAUUAAAGUGUUCUGUGUGUGUGUCUCUUUCCAGACUUGAUAGGAGGAUUUGCUGACUUCUCCUCUCCUGCUGCCUCUGUCGGCCUCUCCACAGUACCUGGUGAGUUUAGAAAGCACUAGAAUAUUCCAAGAGAUGGAGGGGAGGAGGUCUGGCUACCUUCUCAGCAUAACAAGAACAGACACAUCUCAACUACUGUUAGAUAUAUACAGUUGAAGUCGGAAGUUUACAUAACACUUAGGUUGGAGUAAUUAAAACUCAUUUUUCAACCACUCCACAAAUUUCUUGUUAACAAACUAUAGUUUUGGCAAGUCGGUUAGGACAUCUACUUUGUGCAUGACACAGGUAAUUUUUCCAACAAUUGUUUACAGACAGAUUAUUUCACUUAUAAUUCACUGUAUCACAAUUCCAGUGUGUCAGAAGUUUACAUACACUAAGCUGACUGUGCCUUUAAACAGCUUGGAAAAUUCCAGAAAAUGUAAUGGCUUUAGAAGCUUCUGAUAGGCUAAUUGACAUCAUUUGAGUCAAUUGGAGGUGUACCUGUGGAUGUAUAUCAAGGCCUACCUUCAAACUCAGUGCCUCUUUGCUUGACAUCAUGGGAAAAUAAAAAAAAAUCAGCCAAGGCCUCAGAAAAAUUAUUGUAGACCUCCACAAGUCUGGUUCAUCCUUGGGAGCAAUUUCCAAACGCCUGAAGGUACCACGUUCAUCUGUACAAACAAUAGUACGCAAGUAUAAACACCAUGGGACCACGCAGCCGUCAUACCGCUCAGGAAGGGGACGCGUUCUGUCUCCUAGAGAUGAACGUACUUUGGUGCGAAAAGUGCAAAUCAAUCCCAGAACAACAGCAAAGGACCUUGUGAAGAUGCUGGAGGAAAACGGGUACAAAAGUAUCUAUAUCCACAGUAAAACGAGUCCUAUAUCGACAUAACCUGAAAGGCCGCUCAGCAAGGAAGAGCCCACGCUCCAAAACCGCCAUAAAAAAGCCAGACUACAGUUUGCAACUGCACAUGGGGACAAAGAUCGUACUUUCUGGAGAAAUGUCCUCUGAUCUGAUGAAACAAAAAUAGAACUGUUUGGCCAUAACGACCAUAGUUACAGUGGGGAGAACAAGUAUUUGAUACACUGCCGAUUUUGCCGGUUUUCCUACUUACAAAGCAUGUAGAGGUCUGUAAUUUUUUAUCAUAGGUACACUUCAACUGUGAGAGACGGAAUCAAAAAAAAAAAAAUCAGAAAAUCACAUAGUAUGAUUUUUAAGUAAUUAAUUUGCAUUUUAUUGCAUGACAUAAGUAUUUGAUCACCUACCAACCAGUAAGAAUUCCGGCUCUCACAGACCUGUUACUUUUUCUUUAAGAAGCCCUCCUGUUCUCCACUCAUUACCUGUAUUAACUGCACCUGUUUGAACUCGUUACCUGUAUAAAAGACACCUGUCCACACACUCAAUCAAACAGACUCCAACCUCUCCACAAUGGCCAAGACCAGAGAGCUGUGUAAGGACAUCAGGGAUAAAAUUGUAGACCUGCACAAGGUUGGGAUGGGCUACAGGACAAUGGGCAAGCAGCUUGGUGAGAAGGCAACAACCACUGUAUGGAGGAGUGGGCCAAAAUCCCUGCUGCAGUGUGUGCAAACCUGGUCAAGACCUACAGGAAACAUAUGAUCUCUGUAAUUGCAAACAAAGGUUUCUGUACCAAAUAUUAAGUUCUGCUUUUCUGAUGUAUCAAAUACUUAUGUCAUGCAAUAAAAUGCAAAUUAAUUACUUAAAAAUCAUACAAUGUGAUUUUCUGGAUUUUUGUUUUAGAUUCCGUCUCUCACAGUUGAAGUGUACCUAUGAUAAAAAUUACAGACCUCUACAUGCUUUGUAAGUAGGAAAACCUGCAAAAUCGGCAGUGUAUCAAAUACUUGUUCUCCCCACUGUAUGUUUGGAGGAAAAGGGAGGAGGCUUGCUAGCCAAAGAACACCAUCCCAACCAUGAAGCACAGGGGUGGCAGCAUCAUGCUGUGGGGGUGCUUUGCUGCAGGAGGGACUGGUGCACUUCACAAAAUAGAUGGCAUCAUGAGGAAGGAAAAUGAUGUGGAUAUAGUGAAGCAACUCAAGACAUCAGUCAGGAAGUUAAAGCGUGGUCGCAAAUGGGUCUUCCAAAUGGACAAUGACCCCAAGCAUACUUCCAAAGUUGUGGCAAAAUGGCUUAAGGACAACAAAGUCAAGGUAUUAGAGUGGCCAUCACAAAGCCCUGACCUCAAUCCUAUAGAACAUUUGUGGGCAGAACUGAAAAAGCGUGUGCGAGCAAGGAGGCCUACAAACUUGACUCCGUUACACCAGCUCUGUCAGGAGGAAUGGCCAAAAUUCACCCAACUUAUUGUGGGAAGCUUGUGGAAGGCUACCCAAAACGUUUGACCCAGGUUAAACAAUUUAAAGGCAAUGCUACCAAAUACUAAUUGAGUGUAUGUAAACUUCUGACCCACUGGGAAUAUGAUGAAAGAAAUCAUUCUCUCUACUAUUAUUCUGACAUUUCACAUUCUUAAAAUAAAGUGGUGAUCCUAACUGACCUAAGACAGGGAAUUUAUACUAGGGAAGGAAUUGUGAAAAACUGAGUUUAAAUGUAUUUGGCUAAGGUGUAUGUAAACUUCCGACUUUGUGUGAGUGAGAGAGAUCCAUUGUUUGUUUUUUUAUAGGCUAGUUUAUCCACUAUAACCUUUUUCCUCUCUCCUCUUCUCUCCAGCCUCCAGCGGGAACGGUGACUUUGGGGACUGGAAUGCUUUCCCUGACAGCCAGGCCCCCUUCGCCCAGCCUCUGGCCCCCAGCAACACUGACCUGUUUGGGGCUCUGUCGGCCAGCUCUGCUCCAGCCUCAGCUGACCUGUUUGACCUGAUGGGUCCGGUCCCGACCCAGUCUCUCUCUGCCUCUCAGAGCCUCACCUUUAAUAUGACCAGCACACAGACCAUCAGCAGUACCAUGCCACAGUCCAGAUCACUGGUAAGAAUACAGGACAGACAUGGUACACACAGGAAAUUGUCCUUAUUGUACCUGAUGCACUGUUAAUGAGAGGAGCGACAGUAACUGGCUGUGGUUUAGAGGAACACACACCAGAGAGAAAUGGCAGAGAGCUAAGGUUUGCAGAUGCUCCACCUUCCCUAGGGACAAACACACACAAUGAGAAGGAACCAGUUUAAGUCAGAAAACCAUUAAAUCUAAUACAAGGUUGUUUGCAUAGAUGUUAUUUGCAUGUUAAAAACCUGACCUACAGUACCAGUCAAACGUUUGGACACACCUACUCAUUCAAUGGUUUUUCUUUAUUUAUUUAUGUAGAAUAAUAGUAAAGACAUCAAAACUGUGAAAUAACACAUAUGGAAUCAUGUAGUAACCAAAAAAGUGUUAAACAAAUCAAAAUGUAUUUUAUAUUUGAGAUUCUUCAAAGUAGCCACCCUUUGCCUUGAUGACAGCUUUGCACACUCUUGGCAUUCUCUCAACCAGCUUCAUGAGGAAUGCUUUUCCAACAGUCUUGAAUGAGUUCCCACAUAUGCUGAGCAUUUGUUGGCUGCUUUUCCUUCACUCUGCGGUCAAACUCAUCCCAAACAUCUCAAUUGGGUUGAGGUCGGGUGAUUGUGGAGGCCAGGUCACUCCAUCACUCUCCUUCUUGGUCAAAUAGCCCUUACACAGCCUGGAGGUGUGUUUUGGUUCAUUGUCCUGUUGAAAAAUAAAUGAUAGUCCCACUAAGCACAAACCAGAUGGGAUGGCAUAUCGUUGCAGAAUGCUGUGGUAGCCAUGUUGGUUAAGUGUGCUUUGAAUUCUAAAUAAAUCACAGACCGUGUCACCAGCAAAGCACCCCCACAGCAUCACACCACCUCCUCCAUGCUUCAAGGUGGGAUCCACACCUGUGGAGAUCAUCCGUUCACCUACUCUGCGUCGGUUGGAACUAAAAAUCUCAAAUUUGGACUCAUCAGACCAAAGAACAGAUUUCCACCGGUCUAAUGUCCAUUGCUGGUGUUUUUUGGCCCAAGCAAGUCUCUUCUUAUUAUUGGUGUCCUUUAGUAGUGGUUUCUUUGCAGCAAUUCGACCAUGAAGGCCUGAUUCACGCAGUCUCCUCUGAACAGUUGAUAUUGAUGUGUCUGUUACGUGAAAUCUGUGAAGCAUUUAUUUGGGCUGCAAUCUGAGGGGCAGUUAAUUGCCGAUUUGAGGAUGGUAACUCUAAUGAACUUAUCCUCUGCAGCAGAGGUAACUCUGGGUCUUCCUUUCCUGUGGCGGUCCUCAUGAGAGCCAGUUUCACCAUAGUGCUUAAUGGUUUUUGUGACUGCACUUGAAGAAACUUUCAAAGUUUUCUGGAUUGACUGACCUUCAUCUCUUAAAGUAAUGAUGGACUGUUGUUUCUCUUUGCUUAUUUGAGCUGUCUCGCCUGUCUUGCCAUAAUAUGGACAUGGUCUUUUACCAAAUAGGGCUAUCUUCUGUAUACCAACCCUACCUUGUUACAACACAACUGAUUGGCUCAAACGCAUUAAGAAGGAAAGAAAUUCCACAAAUUAACUUUUAACAAGGCACACCUGUUAAUUUAAAUGCAUUCCAGGUGACUACCUCAUGAAUCUGGUUGAGAGAAUGCCAAGCGUGUGCAAAGCUGUCAUCAAGGCAAAGGGUGGCUACUUUGAAUAAUCUAAAUCCAAAAAAUAUAUUUUGAUUUGUUUAACACUUUUUUGGUUACUACAUGAUUCCAUAUGUGUUAUUUCAUAGUUUUGAUCUCGUCACUAUUAUUCUACAAUGUAGAAAAUAGCAAAAAAUAAAGACAAACCCUGGAAUGAGUAGGUGUGUCCAAACUUUUGCCUGGUAGUGUACUUAAAAAUGACAAGCUUAGUUUUGCAGAAUAAUCAUCUAACCUGUUCAUUCUGGUUAGAUGAGUUGAGAUGUGUUUUUAUGUAGAUUACUUUAGAGACAGCAGUUCAACCUUCAUAUGUCACCAUUUAUAUAGGUCACCUCACUACCAAAUUGUCCCCUCCCCCUUCCAGGUGAUGGGCGGGCCGUUGCAGCCCCAGCAGCAGCAGCAAGUCAUGCUGGGUACCCAGGGUUCCAUGGGGUCAGCGAUCCCCUCCACCUGGUCUGACUCUUCAGUCAACAUCAGUCUGGACUUCCUGGCACCCGGCCUGCAGCCCCCCAAACCUGCCCAGCCCACCCUCAACACACUCCACGGUGAGCCUUCUGUGUUGUAGUUUAGACUGGGAUAGAAAUAGGACUGUGUUUAUCUGGAGGGGGUUCAAAACGCUGAUGAAUAAUAUGGAUGCUUGGGACUACUUGUUCAGUAUGGAGUAGAAGGAUGCUUGGGACUACUUGUUCAGUAUGGAGUAGAAGGAUGCUUGGGACUACUUGUUCAGUAUGGAGUAGAAGGAUGCUUGGGACUACUUGUUCAGUAUGGAGUAGAAGGAUGCUUGGGACUACUUGUUCAGUAUGGAGUAGAAGGAUGCUUGGGACUACUUGUUCAGUAUGGAGUGUGUGAAAAGAGUGUGUGAACCUGUGUGUAUGAGGUCAUGCUGUCCUCUGAUCUCACUUCUUCCUGUUUCUGUCUUCUAGGAGGCCAGCCCCUCCCACCCGUCAACAUGCUCUCCCAGGGAUUCGCCGGCAUGGGCCUCGCCCCCAUCAGACCGGCUACAACUCCCAUGAUGCACCCCGGUGCUGGGAUGGGAAUGGGCAUGAACAUGGGCGCCAUGCCCCAGGCUAACAUGACCAUGGGGAUGGGCAUGCCUGGUGCUAUGGGCAUGGGCAUGGGGAUGUCAGCCAUGUCUAUGGGCUCUGGCAUGGUACAGCAGCAGCCCAAGCAAGGCUUGGAGGCCUUCGCAGAUUUCGGCAACUUCAGAAACUGAGGGAAGAAGAGGUGAAGUGAAAGAGAGGGCUGUUUCUAUUUUACUCUCUAUCCAACCGACCGUCCGUGAAGGAUUGUGAAGAGCUGCAAACAAAGAGUACUUAAAUAUUGUCAAAUAUCAGAUACUGACUGCCACACCUCCAUUUCCUGUUUCUUUCCUUUUUUUAAGUGAUGUGUAGAGAGAUAUGAAUAUACAUGAAUGUAUGUAUGUUUUAAUCAGUUGGAACUUGGAAUGAAGUACCUUUUAGAGGGUGUACAGUAAUGGUUGUGUGCUGUUGGGGUUUGAAUCAGAGAGAAAGAGAGAACAGCUAAGGGAGAGGGAGGGAGUGAGAGGGCGGAAAACACAGUAACCGAAUGAUGCUGAGACUCAGAUGUUUCACCUUUUAAAAUGUAUGCCAAACAAA